AUGCACCUCGGUGUACGACUUUCCGGUACAGGAACAACUGGGCAGCAGCUUUCUGCCCUUUUGUCGUCCCAACGCGCCAUGAGCAGUUCGUCGUCCGCGAGCCGUCGAGUUUUCAUAGCGGGAGGUGCGACUACGACUUUCCUGGGUAAAGGGCAUCCCGAGUUCAUCCAUCCGAAGCACCCAGAAUUCGGAAAGAAGGAAAACCCCGACUUAAAGUACUACCUGAGCACGCCAGUUGCAGAGACGCUGCAAGCGACAGGGCUUGCAGGGAAGGAUGUUGACCGACUCUACGUCGGAAAUUUUGCUGGGGAACUAUUUUCGAAACAAGGUACUUCAACACUGUACUAUAUAAACCAAAAUUACUGUAGUUGUGAAGUCGAUAUUAGUAUGAGCAUCUACAAAAAUCUUGAUCCACCUCUUAUUGUAUUUUUGCAUAUUACAAGUACCUUUACCUCCUACACGACUAGGCCAUCUCGGUUCCGCGCUUGCUGGUGUUUCUCCUGAUUUUUUGUACAAACCGAGUAUGCGCAUCGAGGGCGCCUGUGCCAGUGGCGGACUUGCUGUUGCUGCGGCCGCGGAUGUUUUACGUGCCGGUAAGGAAAACGGCGGCGCUGAUGUAGUCCUAGUAGUCGGCGCUGAGGUGCAGAGCACGGUCAGUGCGCGCGAAGGUGGUGGCUUUUUGGCGCGUGCAGCCGAUUUUCCACGACAAGCAGAUAUUGACGACUUUGUAUGGAUGACGUUUUUUCCAUCCUUACGACCAUCCUGGCACUCAUUUCAAAUGGAAAAACUGCCAGGGUGGCCUGCCUAGAUGGCAAAAUCAACAUGAUCCAUACUUCGCCUUUCCCUGUUUGUUGGCAAGACGGACCAAGGCAUACCUAGAAAAGCAUCCACAUCUGAGUAUGGACGACCUAAACGCAGUCGUCGCCAAAGCGUACGCGAACGGCAAUAGGAACCCGAAAGCGCACAUGCACAGAUCGAAAGUACCACUAGAGGCAGCGAAAGCAGGAGAAAAAAAUCCGAAUUUUCUAUCGAACCAAGAUUUCUGUGGUCACGUGAGAAUGCGUGAUUGCUCUCAGGUGAGCGAUGGUGGCUCGUGCAUCGUAAUGGCAAACGAGAACGGCCUGAAAGGCAUCGGAAAAGGUUUAUGGUGUUCGUGUUGAAAGGCAAUUUUGUAUUCUUUUCUCAUCGUACUUAUGCAGUCGUGUCUAUUGCUUUAGUACGCUGAGUGCUUUGUUACAUCAAACUGAUGACCCAUCAAGGAGAUUUUGAAAUCUGCGAGGAGUGAAGAGAUCAGAGAACUCUUUUCCACUUGCAAUCAACCCUUAAAUUAAAAAUCUUUUUUCUGAUGUUCUCUUUCAUACCAAGCAGACUUAGUCGAACUCGUGGCAAGCGAAUAUGGUUGUGGAAACCUGUACGAGGAUCCCAAGGAUCUCGCCGAAAUGGACACCUGUAAGGCUGUGGUUGACCGUCUUUACGCGCGUACGGGCUGCGACAUCAGCAAAGUAGACGUUGCAGAGGUCCACGAUUGCUUCUCCAUCGCGGAGAUCCUCAUGUACGAGGCUAUCGGUCUAGCCGCGCCAGGCGAGGGACCGAAGUGUGCGCAGUCAGGCGUCACUAGUUUGGAGGGAACACUACCGGUCAACACGGGCGGCGGUCUGAUUGCCUUUGGUCACCCGGUGGGGGCCACGGGCGUGAAGCAAAUCCAUGAAAUCUACAGGCAAAUGAAGGGCCAGUGCGGAGAAUACCAGCUACCGAAGAAGCCGCAAGUCGGCCUCGCGGUGAACAUGGGCGGCGAUGACAAAACCAUAGUGGCAACGCUGCUGAAGAAUGUCGUCGAAACGCCAUCAGCGAACUUGUAAGAAGAAGAAAGAAACACUGGGAUCGAUUACUAUUUUUUCAUCUACUGAGGCGGGAGGCCAUCAAAUCAAUUUACAUUUGUGUAACAAAGGUCGUCACGCAUUUUCCAGAAAUCACCGAGCGAUUGCCCCCUAGACAACAGCCGUUUUUUGAAAACAUUCAUGGAUGUGUGAUGUACUAUGGUUCUUCAUUCAGGUCGCACUCCUUCUAGGUGUAGCACCUGGCGAUGCCGGUGGCACUAUUAACAAUAGGAUUACGAUUCUCGCGAAAAACUGGCUACGUAGACGCGAUCCCGUGAAAUUAUCAAG